UUGCCUGAGACAUCAAUCUUAGCCGUUUUCAUCAAACAAAACUUUUGUAGGCUUUUCACGCCUGAAAAACCGUGUGGCUAUAGCAUAGUUGCUAUUGCGAACGACAUCACUUUUCAAUCGGGAUCCUUUGCAACUCCUGAAGAUACUGUUUACAGCCUAGCCUCGGAAUACAGCAGAAGGAAAAAGUUGCCUCGUAUCAAUGUAUCGUGUAACUCUGGCGCUCGAAUAGGGCUCUGUGAAGAUGUAUCGAGAGUAUUCCGAGCAAAAUUCAAGGUUAGUUGUGUUUCCCCCAGCUUUUUUCAUCUUUGA